AUGACACUCCCCACACGGCUAAAAUUUGGGCGGAGAACCGAGAAAGAUAGAGAGGUCGAAUCAAAAACCACAAAUAAGAGUGAACUUUUACUUACGGAUAAGGGUUUCUCAGGCGGACUGUUAUUUAUGACUGAUCGGAGAAGAUUGAAUUGGGGGAUGGAGAAAAAUAAGAACUGCCCUGAUUUGCUAGCGAAGGAUGAGGGAAACUACGAAUGUGAUCAUUUCUCCAUCCCGUCGUUCUGUUUCAGCCACCACCAUCCGUCGGAGACAAAACCUACCGAAUUUUGGGAUAAAUUAGGAAGAUUCUUUUCUUCUACUUGUUGCGGAGGAUUAUAA